UUACAAACAUUAGCGUAAUUGAUAACAAAGAUAAUAAUAUGAAGUAGUUAAAUUAAAUUCAUGGACCUAAAUAAUAAUCUAAUAAAAUAAAUGUCUAAAUUUUAAAAGUAUUUAAUAAUAAUUACAAACAAAAAUGCCUUUUAAUUAUGAAAAUGUCAAGAUACAAUUACAUGCCGAGCAUUAUUUGAUGAAUGAUUGUUGGUUAAAAGAUUGCGUUGGUUAUUACACAACAGAAGUCAACCCUCAGGCAGUCCAAGCAGAAAUUGUCAAGUUCGUAAAGGACCAAUGGAUUUUAAGUGACUUAAGAGAAAUAAAUGAUCAGCGUGGCUGUUUACCUGAAAAUCUUGCUCAGCAAAAAGUGACAACUCUUCCCGGUACUUAUAUUUUGCAGGUUGAAAAAGGAUAUGAUAUAUCGACAUCUAAAUACAAGCAAGUAGAGAAGAUACGGAACGUUUCUAGUGAAAAUAUCGAGGUGACUGAAGCUGAAAAAAAUCCGACAUGGGAACCCAAGACCAAGAGAAUGAUGUACCUGUAUCUCACUGACGGCAAGCAAGAAGUUACUGCCAUGGAACACAAACCUAUACCUUUCUUGAAGGAUCAUUUACUACCAGGGUACAAAAUUAUGAUCAAAGGACCUGUUAUUUGUAGAAGAUCGGUUAUUAUGCUAGAAAGUAAAAACUGUUCUCACGUUGGCGGUGAAAUAGAAAGUUUGCUGAUUAAAAACGCUACUGAAAAUGUUUUAGCGCGUGCAUUAGGACUUAAAGAAAAUCCAGAUCCAUAUAAUGAUAAAAAAUCUGAUGAUAAAAAUGAACCACUACCAUUGGACGAAGGUAUGGAUAUAGACAUGGAUGCUCUGGAUAAAAUUGAAAAGAAAUAUGAUGACAAUACUAGCAUAAAACCACCUAAAACAAAAUCCUCGAGCGUUACAACGAGUAGGACCAAAAGAAGAGAAAGUGUACUGCUUGACAGUCUUCCUGUUUGCUUUGAUAGUAUCGAACAAGCUGAAAAUGAAUUCGCUGAUGAUUUUGAUGACAUGAUAGGAAUGAUUGAUGAAGCUAACUUGAAUGUUGUUGGUGGCGGUGACAAGGAUGUCGAAAUAGAAGAAGUAAAAAUUGAAGCUGAAAAUACCAGAGCUGGAGCUUUUCCUGAAGAUGAUUUUCCGACUGAUUUAGAGUUUGAUGAAUUUGAAUUUGAUUCUUUUCCUUAUGAAAAAACUACUAACAUGCUAGAGGACAAAGUUGUAAGUGAAUCUUUGAAUAAUGUUGUGGAUGCUAGUAGUAGUAAAAUUUUCAGUAAUGCUACAGCUUCCAGUAGUGUUAAAAGCAACGUGACUAUUAGUAAUGCUAAGAACAAUGUAACUGGUAGUAAUGUUAGAAAUAAUCCAACUAAUAGUACUAAGAGUAACUUUAAUUUUAAAUCCUCAAGUGAUUCAAGUCACAAACCAGUAAAACAGAGUAAUGAAACUGUAAAUAAAAUACCUGAAAAAAUAACUCCAUCAUUUUCUGGCAGUGAAGUUAGUCGUUCAUCUCCGAUGAAAAAUGAUAACAAAAUUAGUCCAUCUAAUAAUACAGUCAUUAAUCCAUUUGUUACGCCGUCAAAAAACCCUCCGAAGACUAUUAGAAAGGAGACGCCGAAGAGAAAUCUGAAGAAUGUACAAAAAAUAACAGACUUUAUGAAAAAAAGUGUGACACCUAAAUCUGAUGAAAGUAAAACGAGCUCUGCGUUGAUAGAUAACUAUGACUUGAUUAAAGACAUUGAAAAACUGAUGCCCGUUUCCAGAGAAAUCGACAAAAAAAUAAAAGGCACUAUUAUAUCGCUUGCGAAUCUUGAAAGAAGAGAUCCCAAUUGGUACUUGCAGGGAGUUGUUUCUGAUAAUACUGGAAGUAUCAGUGUAUCUUUUUCUCCAGCGAUACUUAACAGGUUGAUUGGAUUUAAUCUCGCUGAAUUUUCACAGAUGAAAAAAUUAAAAAAGACUGAUCCUGAAGUCGCAAAUAAAUUAAGACAAGGGCUACGUGGAGCUGAAUUCAAACUUAGUCAUCUUCAUACAUUAUUGAGGUGUAAAUUAUUACCCAAUAAUCCAGUUUUGUUUGUUGAGUCCAUGCUUGAUUUAACAGGAGGUCAAAGAAAAGAAGUUUAAACUGGUUUUUAUCUGUUGUCAUUAAUUUUUAUACAAAAUAAAUUUUCUACUUUUUCAA